GAGAGUUGACAGCAGGCGACGCCCCGUCUCUCACCUGAACUAGGAAGUGAAAGGACGGGACGGAGCGUGUUUGUUUGCUUUCUGCUAACGUCUGACAGGUGAACGCUGAGUGACAAGAGGCCAGAAUAGGACUAAAAGGAUUCAAGAUAUAUAUUUUUUGAAUAUACAUCAAGUUACCAAAAGUGUUAAAUGUUUAUGUCGGUCGAGGAUUUUUUGUUUUCGUUGCUGUCUGAGCAGCAGGUUUGUCCUGUCUAGCUGUAAGCUGAAGCUGUAACUCCUUUCAUCAUGUUAUUACCUGGCAAACACCACUUGUCACACCUGCUUCUCACAGUCCUGCUGCUCAGUGGUCGGACAGCGGAUGGAGCUCAUAACGGGUCGGAAUUGGCGUCCUCUGUGCGGCUGGCCGGCGUCCCCUCCAGCGGGGACAUCGUGGUGAAGGAGGGAUCCAGCGCGCUGAUCAAGUGUAACGUGACCGGAGGCCACGGUGACAUCAAGUGGUACAACUCUAAAGGACCUCUGCUGGGUGACGACGCAGGUGGGAAGUGGCAGAUUCAGGAAAAGGGCGCCCUGAACAUCACUGCAGUCUCCUUUGAGGACCGCGGCCGCUAUACGUGUGUCGCCUCCAGUGGCGCCGGUGGAACCUCAAACUACACCGUCACCCUACGUGUCGCCCACACCGACAGCGGCCUGGGCCUGUACUAUGUCAUCGUCUGCCUGGUGGCCUUCACCGUCACCAUGAUCCUCAACGUGGCGCGGCUCUGCAUGGUCAGCAGCCACCUCAAGGAGACGGAGAGGGCCAUCAACGAGUUCUUCCGCACCGAGGGCGCAGAGAAGCUGCAGAAGGCAUUUGAGGUCGCCAAGCGCAUUCCCAUCGUCACAUCGGCCAAGACGCUGGAGCUCGCUAAAGUCACGCAGUUCAAGACUAUGGAGUUUGCCCGUCACGUCGAGGAGCUGGCACGGAGCAUCCCUCUGCCACCGCUCAUCCUGAACUGCCGCACAGGUGUGGAGACGGAGAACCCCGGGCCUGACUCUGCAGGACAGGCAGGGAGGAAGGGGUCUGGAAACAGACAAGCUAUAGGCCCGCCCCGCUCCAAUAGAGAGGAGGAGGAGGAGGAGGUGUGUCAGGCGCUUCUGUCGAGUGAAGGACGAAGGAAUGAUGGAGGCAGCGUUGACAUCAAGGUGUCAGUCCACACGGUUUCUGAAGCUGUUGGUGCAGAAGAAGAGAAGGAUAAUGGUGAGGAGAGGACGGCCGCGGUGCACCUACCUCUGCUCACACCAGGCUCACGAAUAAGUGUGUCCUAUGAGAGCAACAUAUAACCUGAUUGAGUCCAAAUCCCCUCAGAAGAAACACAAGUUUAAGGUGCUCAGAAAGAUCAAAAAAUCAUUAGAAAUUGUUGGUUAUCAUUUAGAUUUCAGCAGUUCUGAUUAUCAAUUCCUGUUCUUAUCAAAUCCUGGCUCUGAAUCUUGUCGCACAACAUGUUGAAAGCAGCAGCUUUAUUUCAAGGCGAUCAACAGACAGAAUAUGUUUUGAUUCUUUUUGGUUAGAAAGUAAAAUAAAGAAAAAUAUAAAUAUUCUAUUUUGCCAAGUACAAGUUGGAUUCUGGCUUUUUUUUUUUCUCAAAAUGGACAUACUACCAUCAGCUGAUAUUGGACAUAAUGACUAUGUAAACUUCAAAACUACUAAAGUAACAUUUGUUGGUUCGAGCCUCGAAAUGUGAAGAUUAUCUACUCUUGGUUGGACAAAAGAAGACAUUUGAAGAGGUUACCUUGGACUUUGAGACACUUGAAUGCGUGUUUUUUUGGGGUUUUUUUUUACUAUUUUGGGGGGUUUUUUUGUUGAAAGACGUGCACCAAGUCCAUUGUUACUUUCAGGAGCCAAAAUGCUCCAAAGAAAUAUUAAAUUCUUAUAUAUUUGUUACUAGCACCAAAUCAAAACUGCUUAUCGGUACCCAUCUGUAGAAAGAUGUCCACGCCUCAGUGGUGAUUUUUAUAUAUUGUUGCCUUUAUUUGAUAAGAUUACAGUAGAAGAUCAGAAUCAGACAAGAAACUUGAGGGAUUCAACAUAAUUUCUUGGCUUAAUUCAAAUCAGUGACAUUGCAGUGAUAGGUCUUAGUGUAGCAGGCCGACAAAACCUUUGAGGAUAAUUUGCUAACAUGCAAUAUUCAUUUUUUGAAUUCAAUUUUAAGUUGUUUCUUUGUGAUUUUGGAAAAAAGGACAAAUGAUGCCAGUAAGUUUCACCAGAGCUAAACCGCAUCAACUGAGCUCAACUGAGAAUUCUACUUCCUCUUGUUUUGAAUAUAUUUUUGUUUUUGUUUUUGUCAUGUUUGUGCUGCGGGUUCCCUUCAACUUUCCAUCCAGUGUAGCAGCUGAUAUAAGAGCUCAUUUUCCUCCUCCGGAGCACGUCGUCUGCUGCUUUUCACUUUGACAGUCAGUCAGCUUCUGCAGAACAAAAAUGUUGCAAUGAGAUAUCCUUAUUUCAUUGUGUCGAUUGUUUUCAUGUCAGCGCUUACUGUCAAUCAUCUGAUACUCACAGGAAGAAGCAGAAGACUUUGAAGAAACGCCUCAAAAACAUGUCACCAUGUCAUUUCACAGACUCGAUUGCCAUCUCCGUGUCUGUUUAUGUGGGUCUUUGUCAGUGAGGACAGCAGUUAAUUACAGGUUAGGCUUUGCCUCAGAGCGACAGUUUCAACAAAAGCAAUAAACAUAUUUUUAAAAAUGCAUGAGCAAUGCAAAUAUGAGAUGAACUUUCAAAAAAGUUGUACAGUAAACACCGAGCUUCUCGCUACUUUCACCUCCCAGAGGCUGCAGCAAAAGAGAAAUAUUAAUGUGAUUAUUUCUACAUUAGAGUUUGAUGUGAUGGAAAACGGCUGAAAUUGCGCUGACAAAUAUUCAGAUGUAAUCGAUCAUGGACUUUAAUGUUUUUGUUAUUAUGAAGGUGAUGCAGUAUUUUCUCUUUUUACAUUUCCAAGAUCAAACAGUCUCUUCCUGCAGCUGGUGAAGUCACGACUACACUGUGAUAAAUGAGGUCGGGAGGGUUAAUAGUGACUCAUUUGCAGCGAGUCAGUAAUUUAUUGUGUGUAGAAGUUUACUUUUGUAUAAAUAUAUAUAUAUGUAUAUAUAUAUAUAUAUAUAUAUAUAUAUAUAGUUAUAUCCGGGUAAGGUGUCUAUAUUUUUUCAAUGUUGAGUCACUUGAAAUCUCUAAGCGUUACAAAUUUAUAUUGGUUAUGUUCUAUAUAUAAAAAUAUUAAAUUGAUUCAAGUUCUUGAGGGAAAAGGAAAAUUCUCAGAAAAUGUUUUAGAAUCCAAAAACCAGUUCAGAGUCCAAAAAAUGUUGGAAAAUGCAAAUUCACAACUUCUACAACUGUGUAUCAGAAGGAUUUAUAUAACAAAAUAGUAUCAUGUCAGGUGUGUACACCAUGAAUCAGUUGUGAAACGCUAUCUGUAUGGUUGAACAAAAAGGUUUUUUUGGAGUGAUUGUGGUACUAUUUUCUGCUGAGCUGAAUCACGCUGUAUAUAGGCUGUUGCCAUGGAAAUGGGUUCAUAUUUAAAGGCGUGGCAGCAAAUCUCAGGGAUAGAAAGCAAUUGUUUUUCUGACAACAGGAGAAAAAAAUAUAUAAUUGACAAUAAAUAAAUGAUUGUAUAUAACUUGAA